GUCAAACUCAUAGCAAAUCCAGCUGUUUUCAGGAAGCUACAGGUAAGAGGAGAAUGACUGUAAACUAAAAGUUUAGGUUAAAAAAAAUGCCUCUGAUGUUAAGGAAAGAAAUAUCUGAAGAAGAAUUCUAUGAACAGUUUUGCAACACAACAGCACCCCACCAAACUUUGCUCUGCUUUAGUCUGAAAGAAGAUGAUAAAACCCUAUGGAGAUUAUGGGGUCAUGCUUACAAUAACCCAAGCCAAUGUCAUGCUGAAGUCCUCGUUUUAAGGGAAACUGAAGACUAUCUAGGGGCAAAUAUUCCCAAUGCUACAAAGUUCAGCAUUAUAUGGUUUCUUUCCUAUAGCCCCUGUCACUUGUGCUGUGAUGAAAUAACCAAUUUUUUAACAAAGUGUCAAACUAAAAUUGAAUUUAUCAUCAAAGUAGCAAGGCCAUAUUAUUUCAGUAAUGAUCAGAAUCAGAAAGGCUUAAGGAUGCUCAAAAGACAGGGAGUUCUGAUCAAGAUGAUGGAAUACAGUGACUAUGAAGAAUGUUUGUACUUAUUUGUGGAUCCUUGCUCCAACUUCACUGCAUGGCCUGAUUUAGAAGUGCAAAGUACAGCACAUAAAAUUAUAUUUCAUCAUUUACUGGCCCAGGAGGACAACACAUUAGAUGCCCAUUCAUUUCCAACUAAUGAUUCUUCUUCAGUUCACACUGGAUCAGCAUCUGAUUUUGAAAGCCACAUCUUGGUCAAUAAGAUUCUACCAGAAGAUCCUAACAAGACACCAGAUAAGAAAGAUGAGUUUUCAGACAUAAGGACUCCACAGAAAACAUGUAUCACCCAGAGAACAAUAGAAGAUGGGAAAGAAGUCAAAAGAAAACUCUUCUGAACAAGGGGAACCACUAUUUUUUUUCAUUUCCCCCCACACACUAUAAAUAUGUCAUUCCAUGUGUGACUACAUUGUUUCCUUACAUGGUUAAUUAUGUUUAAUGAUUUAGUUUGAAAUUGUGGCAAUCAAGGGGAUCAUUACAGGAUUUUGUAAUACUGUGCAGAAGCAUUCUCUUUCAACUUAUACUUUAACUCCUGGGUACCCAGCCAGCCUGUUCUUGGAAUUGCUCCUUGCUUCUUCUUGCAUUUCCUAAAUGGUCCAGCUAAGAUUCCCAAGGCAGUUGGUUCCAGAUAUAAUAAUUCCCCUUCCUCAUAUUUGCUUUAGGAUACCAUUAACUUAUUUGUAACAUGAUCGAAAAGCAUGAGCUUAUUUGAGAGAACCUAUUCAUGAAUUUAUUAAUGAUUGCUUGAGAUUAGAAUGUUCUGCAUGGGGGCAGCUGGGUGGCACAGUGGAUAAACCACCGACCCUGGAUUCAGGAGGACCUGAAUCAGACAUUUGACACUUAACUAGCUGUGUGACCUUGGGCAAGUCACUUAACCCUCAUUGCCCCACAAAAAAAAUUUUUAAACAAACAAACAAACAAAAAAAGAAUGUUCUGCAGUGCUUUGCUUAGGACUGGAUAAUUUUGUAAUGCUAAGAGCUGAUUGAUUCUAGGCUGUGACUUUUGCUGACUCCUGGUACUAAAAACUAUAUUAACACUUGCACUUUUGGCCAUCCUCUUGCAUUACCUUACCUUGGACAGCAGUUCCAAGUCUAUGUCAGGGACACAAAAGAAUCUUAGAGCAAUGGACUCCAAAUUCAACUGUAGCUCUCCAGUAACUUAUAACAACACCUUCCACAAGCCUUCCCUCCUGAUAUUUUUCCACUACAUGAAAUACGAUUAGCUACCACCCAAAGUAGACUCUGUACAGAUUACAAGCCAGUGUUUAGGAAUUCUGAGGGCUAGAUAUGAUUAUGUUGAUGUGAAACAUAUAUGUUUCCUUUGAGUAACCUUGCCAAUGAAUAUCCUUUAUCAAUCAAAUAAAUGGUGUGUUGACUGGGGGGGGGGGGGCGCCUCAAACCCAAAUUUUGAGGCAAAGUCCAGUUCUAAUCAGUUUAUCAGGGGGUCACUGUUAAAUUUUCAGGGUGAGCGUUUAUACCUCAGAAAUCAUCAAUCCUUACUUGAUUUUUUUGUUGUUCAGUCAUUUGAGUCAUGUAUGACUCUUCAUGAUCCCAUUUUGGGUU